AUGUAUUCCCUUUUAAUUGGACGCACCGCCGAGCAGUUCCAGCAGGAUUUUCCUCGAUGGCUGAUUAAUAUACAUCAUCCGGUGGAACUAUGGGCACUACUACCGAGUUAUAUUGUCAGUCAAACUUUCUGCGUCGUUGGUGCAUUCUUGUGCUUAGGACACGCAUUAUAUCGACGUGGACGAUGGCCGUUCCUGUGGUUGGGCAGUGUUGUUAGUGGACUGUUGAUAGAAGGUUGUAUGUACUUUUCUCCGUAUGGCGAAACAAUCUGGUUCAGCCCAACCGUGAUCGAUCUGUUUGGCCAAAGGAUACCCAUCUUUAUAUUUUCCGUUUAUCCAUUUUUCUAUUACCAAGCGUUUUGGGCGGUUUCGAAGCUGCGGCUUAAGUGCCGGUGGUCUGAGCAUAUCGCCAUUGGGAUGCUGGUAGUACUAUUUGAUAUGCCAUUCGACAUGAUUAGCAUUAAGUAUUUGCACUGGACACUCCACGAAACCGAACCGUUGUUAAGCGAGCGGAUUUACUCCGUGCCCUGGACCUUGUUGCUCUUCUUUGCCGUUACUACGUUUACGUUUUCUUACUUUUUCCACAAUCUACGCACAUGGAUGGAUCGUUCAACGCAUAACCGCUGGGCAUCCGGGUCUUUCCGGACGGAGCUAGUGGUAUCCGUAGGAGCAGCAAGUCUUUCACUAUCCGUUGGAUCGACUUUGUUCCUGGCAAUCCAUUACCCGCUACACACCGUGCUCGGCAUUCCAGGCAGUGCCAUAGUCAUCGGUGUGUUCUCUGCUGUGUUGACGAUCUUUUGGAAGUUUGAUCGCAAAAGCAACCGGAAUUCCUCACACAGGCAAUCGUUUAUGGACCACAUGCUAAACGGCUACAUUGUGGGACACUUUGUAAUUUAUCUGGGACUGGCAAUAGCUCUUAAUCCCCAACACGCCGUUUCGCCUGGCAGACAUCAACCGAUCGGCAAUUGUCGCAAUAUUAACUCCUCAAGCACCGAACUCUGCCUAGAUACGUUCAACAGCAGCUCUUUUGAUUUUCAUUGCGUUGCGAACCCACCGUCCGAUGGAGCCUACUGGUAUACGAUUUGUGGCACAUCUCACGAGAAUCGACCGGAGUUUUUGUACGCAAUGAUUGUAAUCACGUUCGUUGCUUUACUCAUACACUGGACAAUACAUUAUGACUUCUCUGUUCAUCAAAGUGAACCAACCAAAGGAACUAGGAAAAAACUGUUGUAA